CUAAAUCUCAUUGAAGGUUUCCAUUUCUCUGAGUUUUCUUUUUGCAAUCUGAAGAAAAAUCAAAUGAAGAAGUUAGCGAGAAAAUGGCGAAGAACUCGUCGCGAUGAAGAUGAUGAUAAGUUCGUUCUUCCUACUUCCGACGACGUCGAUUCUCGGCCUAUUGAUACGCAAGAGCAAGAAGAGCACGUUAGGUCGCUUGAGGAAGCUCAUGCUCAGCAAAGUCGGCAAUGGAGGAGUGUGUUCGUGGUUCUCCUGAUAUGCUAUGGAGCUUUUCUCUUCUACUCCAUUCUCCAGCAGUUCGUGUCACCAUGGGAACUGCGGUAUCAUGCCUACUUCAUGGAAGAUCUCAAGUCAUGGAUGGUCAUUUCAGCUGAGUGGAUCGCUAUCAUGGCUUGCUGCCUCUCCAUUGUCGGGCUACGAGAUAAGAAGAAUGAUCAUAGACGAUGGUUCUGGUACUCAUGUGUUGUUGGAUCUGCAUUGACCAUCUUUUGGCUUUAUUACUUGCUGAGGCUUCCGAAGUUCCGGUGGGAUGCUAUCUGGCUUCCGUUUGGGCCGCUUUGUGGAGCUGGAAUUUGUCUUUACGUGGACCAUCUACUAGAGGAAUCAUCUGAGGAAGUGAAAAAACUAAGGAACUAUAUGUAUGCAUAUAAAGCAAGAUUUAUGAAGCAGAUUCCAGGUAUUGAUUGAUUCAAACAAUUCACUUGAGAGUGGUGCAUCAUAAUCAUAUCCAUAGCUGCAGAUGUGAUCACGAUAGAACAAGAUGGUGUCAAUCUUUACUGAAACAAAUGCAGGGAUGGUUGAACAGAUACUAGUUACGACCCAAGACUGAGAUUCUGUCUCAAUGGCAUUUCAUGGAUCAAGGAUUCAAUAAGAUAAACGGUCUCUCCAAUAAGUGAUUUAAAAAAAAACAAAACU